GAGUGUGUUCCAUCAUCCAGAAAACUCCAACCACUCUGAGCUGUCAUACCCUCCUCCUACAAAAGAGAGAUAGAGGGGGAGUCACACUACAGCCAAGAGAGGAGAGGAGAGCGUGAGAAGAAGAGAAUCAGAGGAGAAAAACACGCAUCUCGUUCCAUCCACCUUUAAUUUCCUCUGGGCUCUUGGCAGGGGAAGGCAGGUGCGCAAAUCUCUCCAUCUUUUUCUCGCACCUCUCCUCGUUUGGCCGUUCUUCUGCUUUUCUCCCCAAAGUGGAGGAGAGUUUUGCGGAAGCGAAGGGAUUCGCAGACGCAGGAUGGUCAACAACCUGAUUGAAUGCGAGGAGGAAGAGGCAGCCGCCAACAGUCAGGUGGUCAACACCACCUGUCCACCCAAGAAAGGAGAUGGUAACCCAAAGGAGAGCAGUCCAUUCAUCAACAGCACUGACCCAGAGAAGAACCAGCAAUAUGACGGCAAGAACAUGGCUCUGUUUGAGGAGGAGAUGGACACAAUUCCCAUGGUAUCGUCUCUUCUCAGCAGUCUUGCCAACUACUCAAACCUGCCCCAGGGCAGCAAAGAACACGAGGAGGCGGAAAACAAUGAAGGCUCACGCAAGAAACCUGUCCAGGUAGACAUAAAUGCUUACAGCACGCUCUCAGAGCAGCAGAUAUCACACAAUUUCAUCUAGCUCUCAAUAGCUACAGGUGUAAAUUAAUUGUCUGCUGCCAGACAGAGCGUAUAAACAUAGCAGUG